GCCGCCGCCACCGCCGUGGCUUCCACGGAGUGACAUUGUCAUCACUGCUAUCAACUUGCGUAUGCUUACGCGAGCAGAGGCUGGUAGUAUCGGACUGUGGGCGACGUUCCUCGGCUCUUCCAUAACAUCAGACGAGUCUACCGACAACUCAACCUUCCCGUUCGUGCAAGGCUCCAGCACAUCACGGAACGAUCAACGCGUCGCGUCCACUUUGGAUGGAUGA